AUGGUUAUAACUACAAUUAAUAUGGAAAAUGAUGUACGACGUCAAUAUAAUAGACGAGUACUUUUUUGUGUUCGAAUAAGAGGAGCUGCAUUACUCAUUGGUCUAUGGGAUUUAUUCAUUCAUGUAGCAGUACUAUGCGCAUUGAUCUUGAUGUUUCGUCAACCACCAAGAAUGAUGAACGAUGUGAUAUCAUCAACAAAUGAUCAAUAUCCUAAUCCACGUGAGACGUCAGUAAUCGAACCAUAUUCUAAACACUCAUCAAAAAUGAUGAUGCAUAAUAAAAAUUUUCUUUCAAGUAAUGUUUUAUUAAAUCGAAUUCUUGAAAAACGUAAUGUUAGUCAUUUACCUAUGGGAUUAAAUACUCGAAAUUUUUAUUCAAGUUUGGAUUUCAUGACAAUUAAAUGGGUAGCAUCUCUUAAUCGACAAGAUAAAUGUCUCGUAUUUUUCGUCGUUUUUUCAGCAACAAUUCUUAUAUUAGCACAUAUCUUUGGUAUUUUGGCUAGCAGGCCAUCAUAUAUAGUUCCAUACUUUUUAAUCAAAGUAUUUAAUGUUAUUGUUUCAAUUUUAUCAAUGCUCGGUUUUUAUGCAUAUAUGUCCGAUAUUAAAGUUUGGCUUCGAAUGCAACCAGAAUUUCUAUUUAAAAAAAAUUUACUUGAACUUGAUGCUCAAACACUUCAACUUGUUGUAUUCGCUUUUCUUCUUUUUGUUAUUUUGGCUAAACUUUAUAUUGCUGCUAUCAUAUGGUAUUGUUAUGGUUAUAUAACAGCAUUGACAAUGGCUCGAACUAUUGGAACAAUUACAACUCAUACAGAUGAUUCAUCACAAGCAAUUAUUGGAGAAAUGUAUUGCCCACCAAAAUAUGAAGAAGCUAUUAAAUCAGAUUAUCAAAAUGAGGAUGCUGAUUCACCUCCUCCAUAUACUCCAUUACUUCAUUCAUCUAUGUAA